AUGGAUGUGAGCGUCGUAUACUCGCUGGUGCCUGCUCUGUUGGUAGUUAUGGCGAACGGGGACUCAUGGGCAGCUCCUGAACGCGGAAUCUUUCGCAUCGUCGGUGGCAAAAACGCCACGCGGUGCCAGUUUGCACAUCAAGCCCUCGUCCAAAGCGACGAGAAGACUGUAUGUGGCGGUUCGCUUAUCACGCAAACUAUAGUCCUCACCGCCGCGGGCUGUACUGUAGGGUUCAAAAAACUGACUAUCCGCCUGGGAACCAACCAGCGGACCCAGAAGGAUACAAACACCUGGACCGCCGUCUCCACCUGGAGCAAGGCGCACCCGGACUACGACUUCGACGGCCAUAGUGAAGAUGACGUGGCUCUUGCGUUCCUGCCUGAGAAAGCUCCUCUGGGCGGUGAGCUGAGCAAAAAUAAAGUAGCAUUUUUGUUUUAUACACAGAGCAUAAGAAAGACAGAGGGAGAGUGUGUAGUGAUUGAGCAGAACCCAGAUCCUAGUAGACUGAGAAAGCACUGCAUGCUGUUCUGA